AUGGCAGACUCUGCAGAAAUUGAGAGUAGCCUACAGGCUGGAACUACUAAAUGUGACACUACCUCCAAUGGUCGGUCAGAUGUAGAAAAAAUUGCUGUAGAAGCUCCAACAGAAGAAACCGACCUCAACAAAGAUUUAUCUCCAGAAACUGCGAAUGCAAACUCUCAAAAUGAACGUAAGGGUGAAGCCAAGAUUAAAGCCCAAUAUCUCUUAGUUGAUUACAAACCUAGCAUUGUUUCUGAAUAUGUUCCACAAGAAACCAAAGAUGCUAUGAAGCGACUCCUAGAACAAAAUGAUCUGCACAAAGGAAAACAAGAGUCAAAACUGACCGAGGUUGCCAGUGAACCCCCUCCACAACAUAUUGGCUGUGUCACAGAUGAAGAUGUCAUCACAUUACGACCAGAAGAGAAGAAAAAGAUCAACUUUUCUGACAAGCUUUACUUAGCACCACUGACAACAGUUGGUAAUCUGCCAUUCCGUCGAAUUUGUAAAACUUUUGGUGCCGAUGUUACAUGCAGUGAAAUGGCUGUGGCUACAAGUGUUCUCCAAGGAAAAUCUGAGUGGGCAUUGCUUAAAAGACACAAAUCAGAGGACAUUUUUGGAAUCCAGUUAUGUGGUUCCCACUUUGAACCCAUGACCCGCUGUGCCCAGCUCAUCCAAGAGACAUGUGAUGUAGAUUUCAUUGAUAUCAACUGUGGCUGUCCAAUUGAACUCAUUUUCCAAAAGGGAGAAGGUUGUGCUCUUAUGGGACGUUCAAGUCGCCUUGGACAGAUUGUCCGUGGAAUGAAGUCAGUCUUGGAAGUGCCUCUCACUUUAAAGAUGAGAACUGGUAUCUCUGACAGCAAAAAUCUUGCACACACUCUAAUUCCAAAACUUAGAAACUGGGGUGUAGAUCUUGUUACAGUUCAUGGAAGAUCUCGUGAACAAAGGUAUACAAAACUUGCUGAUUGGGAUUACAUUCGCCGGUGCUCACUUGCAGGGACCACAAUGCCUGUGUUUGGUAAUGGUGAUGUCUACUCCUUUGAAGAUGCUAAUCAUUUCAAAUCUUUGUCUGGUGUGAGUGGUCUCAUGGUGGCAAGAGGAGCCCUAAUCAAACCUUGGAUUUUCACAGAAAUCAAAGAGCAAAGACAUUGGGAUAUUUCAUCCAGUGAACGUAUGGAUAUCUUACGUCAGUUUGUCAACAAUGGCUUUGAGCAUUGGGGUAGUGACCAUCAGGGUGUGGAGACAACACGAAGAUUUCUGCUGGAGUGGCUCUCCUUUCUUCACAGAUACAUUCCUGUUGGGAUACUGGAACGCGUACCUCAGAAGAUAAAUGAACGUCCGCCUUAUUAUUUUGCUCGAGAUGAACUUGAAACUCUGAUGGCAAGUUCAAAUUGUGGCGACUGGAUUAAGAUUAGUGAAAUGUUGCUGGGUCCAGUUCCUGAUAACUUUGUCUUUUUGCCUAAACACAAAGCCAAUGCAUACAAGUAA